AUAACACGCCCAUUUCACUUCCGUUUGUGAACAAUGUUGGAUUUAUUCAAGUAGGUAUUUUUUCUAGUCUUGCUGUUCACCGGUGUAAACCUGCCAAUGCUGAAGCUACUUCAGAAAGUAUACUGCAAAUACUGCAUACGCAGGCUGCUGGAGCACUAUUUUCACACCUUUUGUGAUUAGGAGGUAGUUUGGAUUUACGCCCGAACUUCACUUCACUACUUUGAGGAAUGUUUGGAGUUGAACUGUGAAAGAACGCGAGGGCAACAGCGCAUGCGCAGUGCUAAGCUAGUCUCAUAGGAAGACUUGUUUUUGUGCACCUGAUUUCAACACUGACGAAUGUAACCGAGCUCAGCUGAAAUCACUCAGCCUUUACCAUGAUCUCAGCUAAUGACCUGGAACAGCUGGCUGAGAUAGGUGAGUCUCAGAAGGAGGAGGAGGAGGAUCAGGGGAAAUUUUGCCCUUUAGCGCCACCUAGUGCCGAUGCUCGUCAAGACGCAUCACAUCCCUAUUAUGAUGUGGCGAGGCACGGCAUCCUGCAAGUUACAGGUGAUGAUAAUUAUGGCAGAAAGCUGAUCAUUUUUAGCAGUAGCUGCAUGCCUCCGUCACAUCAGCUCAAUCAUCAUCGUCUCCUGGAGUAUAUCAAGUAUACGUUGGAUCAGUAUGUUGAGAUUGACUACACUGUGGUGUACUUUCAUUACGGCUUACGCAGCAUCAACAAACCCUCCCUGAGCUGGCUUCGAAAAGCCUACCAGGAAUUCGACAGAAAGUAUAAGAAGAAUCUUAAAGCCCUCUAUGUCGUCCACCCCACAAAUUUUAUACGGAUCCUAUGGAACGUUUUCAAACCUCUUAUAAGCCACAAGUUUGGUAAGAAGCUAACUUAUGUGAACUAUCUGGCAGAGCUAAGAGAACACGUCAACUAUGAGCAGCUCAUCAUCCCACAAGCCGUAUUAAGGCAUGAUGAAGAGCUCCGAGCUGCUCAGAAAGGCGGAUCAGCUCUUCCAGCGAAGGCUCCACCCCCCAGACCUCCUCUGCCCACACAGCAGUUUGGUGUGAGCUUACAGUACAUUCGAGAGAGAAACAAUGGUGUAUUGAUUCCUCCUGUGAUGUCUCAAACCGUGUCCUACCUCAAACAGAAAGGGCUGAAAACAGAAGGGAUCUUCCGAAGGUCAGUCAGAGUACAGCUCAUCAAGGACAUCCAGAAACUCUAUAACCAGGGCAAGCCGGUUGACUUUGAGCAGUACUCAGAUGUUCAUGUUCCUGCUGUGAUUUUGAAGACAUUUCUUCGUGAGCUUCCAGAGCCUCUCCUCACCUUCACAUUAUAUAACCAGAUACAGGAUCUUAUCAAGGUGGAGAGCAGCUUACGGGUUUCAAGGUGCAAAAGAAUUGUGGAGUCGCUUCCAGAGUACAACUUCAUCGUGGUGAAGUACCUCAUCUGUUUCCUGCAUAUGGUGUCUCAGGAAAGCAUCUUUAAUAAAAUGAGCUCCUCUAACCUGGCAUGUGUGUUUGGGGUGAACCUGGUGUGGCCUCGUCAUGGCGGUGUGUCUCUGAAUGCCAUCACACCACUCAACAUGUUCACUGAGCUGCUUAUCGAGCACUACAAUGCCAUCUUUAGCUCCAUUUGCCCUUCACAGCAGGUACUGCCCUGACUGCUCCACACACUCCACAGUGCUUCACACACUCCCACUACAGCUCACAGCAGGAAGCCGAACACCUGGCCUUAUUAUUGCUUGUGUCACUGAUAUGAUGUAUCGGCUCUGGGUGACCUGUGGAGUCAUGGGGCAAAACGUUUACGCUCCGUAAGCUUAUUGUGCUGCAGACCAAACCACUAAGACUGCACAUUGUGUAUAAUACUUUAACACUAAACCACACUGAAGGUCUUUUGUUAUGCUGAAUGUAUUUACUUAUGAUUGUCUCCUAAGUCAGAUUUAUGCACUGUAGACUGCUACCAUCGACCUCUUAGGAUUUAUUAACGUUAAGACGGCGCAUAUUGCUUCAAUAUAGCAUUAAUCUUGCAGUUAGUCACUCAAACGCUGAUGUGCGAAGUGCGUGUGGUUUAAAAAGUGUCUUUUGACAUGCACACCCACGAUGACUGUGUAAACACACAAAUCAAAGCAAAUUUCCCCUAAAUUACAACUGCACUCAGGAUUACCAUGGCAACCAUUCGCUGCAGGCAGCAGAGAUCACCUUGAAGGCAUGAAUCGCAGCAGCAGUGAACUGUUAUGAAAUGACACUCUUCCAUUUUUAUGCUUCACUGAUCUUUUGUAUUAAAUAUUUGCAUUUCACUAAUGAGUUAUGUAGACCUGAUGCGUGUGACCUGAUGCCAGAUAAUCACUGGAAGCUGACUGGCUUCUCAGAACUAAUCUAUAUUUCUCACCCUUCAAUAUUUAGUUCAUUUUACUAACACCAUCUGCAGUGAUAUGUCUGUACUGAGGUGAAACGUUCUUUAAACCCUCCUGAAGCCACACAGGCUCUUAUCGCUUAUCAGCCACAAUAUGAUGCUUGAUAAAAAGUUAAAGUGCUAAGAAAUUUGUCUAUAGGUUUAAAAGAUGAUUUUCCUGUAGGGUUUGUUACAAUUAGAAAUGCUAAUCUAAUUCACAUAUAGCUUAUCUGGGUAUAUUUGUCUUUGGUUUUAUGCAAAAUUGAAUAUAACUGUACAAGAGUCUGGAUUGUCAGUGUAUCCGAUGAUGUGAAUUUAGGAAAAUGAGAAAUAUAUAAUAAAGCUUCUCAUAACA